AUGGUUUCUCUGUUUCCAUUUCCUGCUCUUGCAUUGGCGAAGGCAGUGCGGCUCACUCUUCCGGAUGCUCUAAAGAUCUCUGGUCUCACCACUCGUGCCCGGACAACAAUGGCCAGGUUCUUUGCUCUUUGCCAUCGUUACGGAGGUGCCUACACAUACCCCGACGACAACGAUGCCAACACCCUCAACGGCGGCCGCUGCAGAGGCUUUCAGGGCGCUACUUGCUGCAUUGGCAACUUUUGCAGCGAGUGGGAGAACUAUCCCCGCAAGUAA